GGUACGGUUUCAUGAACCAUGCUUCCACAUGAUUUUCUAUGAGAUCCCAGUGAGUAUGUAAAACUCAACUGAAAAUUCAUCUGGCAUACGGACUUUGUUAUGAAAAUUUAGAAUUUACCAUCCACUUCAUUAUUUCAUCUUCCCCUUACUAUGAGUUUUUUUAGCUUAUAAAGGGCCAAUUUGUGUAAACUCUCAAUAUAUGUUUCAUAUAUCACCAUUAUAUUAAAAAAAAUAAAACUAUCGAUUUGUGAUGAACUUAACAUAAUAAAGAAAAACUGGAAACUCAAUCCUAAACUAAUCAACAAAUGAUACGGAAAAGAAAUAAGGUGCAUAAAUAAAUAGGAAGUUGUUGUGUUGUGUGGUUCCCAAAUCCCGGAGGUGGAUCGAGAGAGAGGCAGGCGAACAACCAUGGCUGCUCCAAAUCCAAAAAAGCAAAAAACGACGACGGCGGAUGAGGUGGGUUGGGAAAGCCUUCCGCACGAUCUCCUAAUCGCAGUAGCCACAAGAUUGAGAAAUCUGUCGACGAACAUUCGUUUCACAGGCGUGUGCCGUUCGUGGAGAGUCGCGGGCUUACCGGACCGCCGGCGCUUGAUCGGGCGACAAAUUCCGGGCCUCCUUCUCCCUCGGUCCGAUAACAGCCUCGGCGGCACACGCGAGUUUAUUCAGGUGACAGCAAUCGUCAAUAAGAAGAAGAAGAAGAAGACGAAGCGGCGGAAGGUUGUUCCGUGUCGCUUGAGGGAUUGUUGGAGCCUCUGCAGCGGGUCGGUGAGAGGAUGGAUUCUUCUCCUGGACAGCGACCUGAGGUUGGUGCUGGCGAACCCUGCGACUGGUUCACAAGUUGCUCUCCCCGGAGGCGUCGGUACUGGUCGGAGAAUCAAGUCUGGAGAUUUCCCAAAGUGGGGAUUCUGGCAUUCCAGGAGGGUCACAAUCUGGGCUCCCUCUGCUAAGGUUUCGGAUUGGUUUGUGUUCGUGAUGUUGCCCGGACCCCAUUGGAAAACUUACAUCAAGUAUUGCAGGGUGGGAGCUGGGAGAGGCUGGGCGGUUAUGGAGUUUCCAGGGUGCCGAUCCGGGGUUGGUUUCAUUGUGGAUGCACUCUGCAGCAGUCUGGAAGCAGGGUAUCUCUACGUGCUGAUCAGUACAGGGGAGCUCUUCCGCUGCAAUUUCGCUGCCAAGGUGGCCGCGACGACGACGACGACAAGGGUGGUGGAAAGCUCUCAACCGCUGGCCGAUCCUUUCAAGUCAGGCCCAGAAUUCAACUACCUCGUUGAAGUUGAGGGCCAAAUUCUGGUGCUCCAUCGGAACAGAGAAAGUCAGGGCAGUGCAGAGGUGUACUGCAGGACUCGCGGGUUUGAUGUGUACGGGCUCGACGGGGAGGGAAAGCGGUGGGUGGAGAUCAAAGAGAUUGGCGUCCGAGGAGAUUUUGCUGUCUUCUUAGGGUUUGGGCAGCCGUUUUCGAUUCCAGCAGAUGCAGAGUCGGGGAUCCGAGGGAAUUGCAUCUACGUCUUGGAAGUGGAACAAUAUGGUUGCAGAGAGCGGUGCUGCAUUGGUGUGUUCGAUCUCAAGACCUCCAACCUGGACUUCUUCCUCGCUCCUUCUGCCUUUGAGGAGCCAUAUCCCGGGAUUCCGGUCCGGCUCCCCAUACCCUUAGCUCCAGUGCCAUGGUGAACCAGAUGGAUCAGCUUUAUGAUUAUUUUUAUUUUUUGUAGGAUCAUUUGAUUUGAUUGCAUAGAUAGUGUGAACAUUUGGGCUUUCAACCCCAGACACAUACAUGUCCAUUCCUAAAUUAUUAUUAUUAUUAUUAUUAUUAUUAUUAUUAUUAUUAUUAUUAUUAUCUCUUUAAAAGAACAAACUACAUGUUACUAUUUGGUAGAGUCACGUCAAAUAAGAUUAUUUUAUUGUUAAACAUUUUAUUAAUUAAUCAAAUGUUUUAAAUAUUUUCUCUUAUGAAUGAAUCACGUCAAAUAAGAUUAUUUUAUUGUU